AUGUGCGCGUCGGUGCUUGCAUCAGAGCGACUGAUCCACAGCAUCGUUAGCGCUAGCGAGUUUGUCGUCGGUACGACUGCGCAGACGUCUGAGCGACAGAAGAUCAAGGACCUCGUUACCACCGGCAAUGGCUUCGUCGUGAAGCUAAACAAGGCCAUUUCCAUUCUCGAGCCUAUCGACGCGCUAACUGUAGAUUAUUAG